UUUGAGCACCAUGGACAAGUUCGGCUUGGAAUGAUGCGCCACCUUUAUGUGGUCGUAGAUGGAUCAAGAACAAUGGAAGACCAAGAUUUGAAGCCCAAUAGACUGACAUGUACUUUAAAGUUGUUGGAAUACUUCGUAGAGGAAUAUUUUGAUCAGAAUCCUAUUAGUCAGAUUGGAAUAAUUGUAACUAAGAGUAAAAGAGCUGAAAAACUGACUGAACUCUCAGGAAACCCAAGGAAACACAUAGCAUCCCUGAAGAAAGCUGUAGAUAUGACCUGCCAUGGAGAACCAUCUCUUUAUAAUUCCUUAAGCAUAGCUAUGCAAACUCUAAAACACAUGCCUGGACAUACAAGUAGAGAAGUCUUAAUCAUCUUCAGCAGCCUUACAACUUGUGAUCCAUCUAAUAUUUAUGAUCUAAUCAAGACCCUAAAGGCAGCUAAAAUUAGAGUGUCUGUUAUUGGAUUGUCUGCGGAGGUUCGAGUUUGCACUGUACUUGCUCGUGAAACUGGUGGCACAUACCAUGUUAUUUUAGAUGAAAGCCAUUACAAAGAACUGCUAACACAUCAUGUUAGUCCGCCACCUGCCAGCUCAAGUUCUGAAUGCUCACUUAUUCGUAUGGGAAGAUUUUGUUAUGGAUGCCAGGGGGAAUUGAAAGACCAACAUGUCUAUAUUUGCACUGUGUGCCAAAAUGUUUUCUGUGUGGACUGUGAUGUUUUUGUUCAUGACUCUCUACACUGUUGUCCUGGAUGUAUUCAUAAGAUUCCAAGUCAUUCAGGUAUUUGAUUGCAGCAUGUAGUAGACAUUGUAUGUGUUAAAAAGAAAGUUGCAACUGUAAAUAAAAUGAUUCUUUAGAAGAAGCUUCUUUUAAAACAUGAGUAACAAUUUAAGAGACUUUUUGCUAAGAAAAUACAGUAUUUUAUUAAGUGUUUUAUUUGUAUCUUGUCACAGAAA